GCCGGUGGAGCGGCGCUGAGCUGCAGGCUGCGCUAUUAAGCGGCGCAUUAGCUGCGGACUUCGCGCACUGCAUGGAUGCGAGCGGCGCUGCGGCCGUCUGACCCGCGAUCGGAGGCACCCCGGGGUUACCAGCCCUCACCAUGUGGACCGGCACCUUUCGGGCGCUUUUUCGUAUGGCUCCGGUGUUACUGGGAGUAGCUGCCUUUAAUCUGGAUUUGGAGAAGCCCACCGUUUACAGCGGUCCCCGGAACAGUUACUUUGGCUAUUCGGUAGACUUUCAUCAACCAUCACCGGACAAAAACGUUAUGAGCGUCUUGGUCGGGGCUCCCAAAGCAAACACCUCUCAGCCCGGGAUAGUGGAAGGAGGCGCGGUGUAUUACUGCCCCUGGCCAGCCGCGGACUCCAGCCCCUGCCGCCAGAUCCCCUUUGAUACGUCUAAUAACAGGAUGGUCAAAGUCAACGGGACCCGAGAGCUGCUGGAGUUCAAGUCUAACCAGUGGUUUGGAGCCUCUGUCAGGACGCACAAAGGCAAAGUGGUGGCAUGUGCCCCCCUCUACCACUGGAGAACCGUGAAGAUGAGCAGCGAGAUGGACCCCGUGGGCACGUGUUAUGUGGCAGUGCAGAACUUCAGCGCUUACGCCGAGUACUCCCCCUGCCGCACAAAGGAUCCCGACCCCGAAGGACAGGGUUUUUGCCAGGCUGGCUUCAGCGUGGACUUCACCAAGGCUGGAACUCUGGUAGUUGGAGGCCCAGGAAGCUUCUAUUGGCAAGGUCAGGUGAUAACAGCGGGAGUUGCUGAGAUACUGAAUGGGUACUCUCUGAAGGCCAUCCUCAGGAAGGUGGACAAGGAAAAGCAGACCGGUCCAGCGUCGGACAUCUACGAUGACAGCUACCUUGGUUACUCAGUAACAGUGGGGGAGUUCACAGGAGACUCGGAGCAAGAGCUCAUCGCUGGAGUACCAAGAGGGGCCCAGAACUUUGGCUAUGUGGCCGUUAUAAAUUCCACCGACUUGACGUUCAUCCAGAAUUUCACAGGAGAACAGAUGGCCUCUUAUUUUGGAUACACAGUAGCUGUAUCGGACCUGAACGGAGAUGGCCUGGAUGACGUCCUGGUGGGUGCUCCACUCUACAUGGACCGGGAGUUUGAAAGCAAGCCCCGGGAGCUGGGCCGGGUUUACAUCUACCUCCAGGAGGACCUGCUGCUCUUCUCCGAGCCCAUCGUCCUAUCUGGCACGGAUGUGUUCGGCCGCUUCGGGAGCUCCAUAGCAUCCCUGGGAGACCUGAACCAGGACGGAUUUCACGACGUCGCUGUGGGGGCUCCUUUCGCCGGCGAGGACCACACGGGCCGGGUCUUCAUCUACAACGGGCAGAGCAGCGGUCUGAAGCUGAAGCCCUCACAGAUGCUAGAGGGCAGCUGGGCGUCCACCAGCACACCCGCAGGCUUCGGCUUCACCUUGAGGGGGGGCUCCGACCUGGACAGGAAUGACUAUCCAGACCUGAUUGUCGGGGCUUUUGGCGUGGACAAAGCUGUGGUCUACAGAGCUCGGCCUGUGGUCACUCUGGACUCCCAGAUGAUCCUCAACCCCCGAAUCCUCAACCCUGAGGACAAGAACUGCCACCUGCCCAACACGGACACUGCCGUAUCCUGCCUGAAUGUGAACAUCUGCACUAAGGCCUCUGGCUCUGGUAUCCCUGGAGUAGUAGCGCUGAACGUGGAGCUGCAGCUGGACUGGUUGAAGCAGAAAGGUGCCAUCAAGAGGGUCCUCUUCCUCGACACCCAUCAGCACCAGUAUCGAGGGACCCUUGUCAUCGACGAGAGGAAGAGGCAGGCGUGUCACAGCUUCACCGUCUACCUGAGGGAGGACAGCGAGUUCCGGGACAAGCUGACCCCCAUAAGCGUUGCUCUCAACUUCAGUCUGGAUGAGACGAGGACCCCCCCCGGACAGGACCUGCGGCCCAUCCUGGAUUAUUAUGGCAGGUCCUUCGUUCAGGAGCAGGCCAACAUUCUUCUGGACUGUGGGGAGGACAAUGUAUGCAUCCCUGACCUGCAGCUGUCCGCCACCAUGGACCGAGAGCAGCUGGUCAUCGGUGAUGACAACCCGCUGAUGCUGACCAUCCACGCAGCCAACGGCGGCGAGGGGGCGUACGAGGCCGAGCUGCGUGUCGUCAUCCCUGCCGAGGCCGACUACGUCGGAGUGGAGCGCCGACGCGAGGACCUGCAGAGGCUGAACUGCGAGUACCGAAUGGAGAAUGAUACCCGCACGGUGCUGUGUGACCUGGGAAACCCGAUGGUGGCUCAGACCAACCUAUCCGUGGGCCUGCGGUUUUCUGUCCAGCGUCUAGAGGAGGUGGGGCCUCACAUCAGCUUCCAUCUGCAGAUCCGAAGCUCCAACAAAGACAACUCGGAGAGCAACCGAGUGAGCCUGACGCUGAACAUCUCUGCGGUGGCCCGUGUAGACAUCCGUGGGGUAUCCCACCCAGCUCAAGUGGUCCUGCCCUUUCCCCGGUGGGAGCCCAAGGACAAGCCCGUGAAGGAGGAGGACGUGGGCCCCCAGGUCCUGCACAUCUAUGAGCUCCAUAACCAGGGCCCCAGCGCCGUGAGCGACACGCUGCUGCAGGUGGGCUGGCCCAGCAGCUACAAGGACGAGCCGCUGCUCUAUCCGCUGGAGGUCCUGACCGAGGGGCCGCUCAGCUGCAGGACUAACAGCUCGCUGAACCCUCUGGACCUAGAGACAUCGAGGCUCCAGGACACCCCCGAGCUGCUGGGAUUCCUCCGCAACACAAGCUCCCCCCACUCCCGGAAAAGGCGGGCCGCCAGCACGGCUGAGGCCUACAGCGGGAAGACGCUGAACUGCAGUAAUGUCCACUGUCUGGUGGUGACGUGUCACGUGAUCCGGCUGGAGCGCGGCCAGAGCGCCGUGGUCAAGGUUCGCUCCCGGCUUUGGGCUCAAACCUUCCUGCAGAGGCACAAUGACCCGUAUCUGCUCAACUCCACCGCCUAUUUCAGAGUAACAAGCAUGCCUUAUCGAAUCAAACAGAGGAGUCUCCCUCAAGAGGCCAAGUCCAUCGGCACCUUCGUGGUGUGGGCCACCCCUGACGUCUCCUUCGCCAUCCCGCUGUGGGUCAUCAUCCUGGCCGUCCUGCUGGGACUGCUGGUCUUGGCCAUCCUAACCCUGGUCAUGUGGAAGUGUGGCUUCUUCGACCGAGCCCGGCCUCCGAAGGACGACGUGUCGGACCGGGAGCAGCUGACGUCGGAGAAGUCCGAGGCGUGACAGGUCACCAGAGCACAGGGUGCGGGGCGCACAGAAAAUCCUAGAUUAAAAAAACAACUUUGUUCCAGUUCCUCACCCCCCAAAAAACUAUCCUCACCAUAAAACAGGUAUUUGUGAGGCGGACUUAAAUCAGGCUGACCCUCAAUGUGCCUUGAUCCCCUGGAGGUGCACGGGGCGGUUUGUGCUGGGCGGCCCCCUGCGCUGUGACCACUGCAGGCGGCCUCCCAGAUCGCAGGGGUCACUGCGGCUUCGGAAGACGCUUUGCAGUGCGACUGCUGCCUUUCAGCACCGUUCGGGUUAUCAGCUCCAGUUUCAAACUGCAGUGGAACAGGAGAGUGCUGUCCCUCCAGUCAGCGCUUUAGAAAACGAUCCUGAUACUGUACCGAGCACAACUGGUCCACUCUACCUCUCCCGUUUUCCCAGCCAGUCCGGACUCCGAUGAUCUCCCGUGGAAAAGUCCGGCUCAGCUUCCAUUAACAUCCGGCAGCAGAAGAUAGAGACCCCAUGCUGAGUGAACUUUGUCUGCACCCUUUGUUGUUAUACAAGGCUGGUUAUCAGAUCAUUCGCUUGUUUUUUGUAACAUAAUAGAAAUGCGGGUGCCAUGAGGACUAAACUGAAUCAGAGGCACAACAAAUCAGUCCGUUUUUGUCUACGUUCUGAUUUCGGAUUCUUUUAUGAGUCAGACUUUCUAGAUUAAAUCAUAAAUGACAAAUUAUUCUAUGCAAACUGUAUCCCGAGGAAGUUUCCAUGCAUGAAUGUAUAUCUAGAAGGACUUUCCAAAAAAUUAAAUCUGUUCCGCUCACUGGACAGCAGGGGGCAUAGUGCUCAAAGUAUCCUGAUAGUAAUAUUGCGUAUGACCAGAAAGCCAAACUAACAUUUUUAUAUUUCUCAUGUUACAGAAACUCUUUGAAACAUUUUCACUCCCUUCAAAGGAAUUUGCUUUCAACGUUCAUAGUGCUUUGAUAUGUUAAAAACAGCCAGUAUUGUUCUAUAUUAUUAACCAACAGUUUAGAUUAUUUAAACCUUGGAAUAUAACUAAGGAAAACAUGCAAUUCAGAAUGAGGACAUAGAUUAACAUUUUAAACCUUGUCUCUGGGAUUUGCUCUGUCCAGAGUACUUUAAAUGUCUACUGUAUGUGAUUGUUUGUACUCACAGCAUAAACUGAUUUGAGGUUUGAUCUGGAAUCGCCCCAAAGUUGCUGUCCAGUCCUUCCAUGACUGCAAACUCACAGGGGACGCUAUAUAUAAUUAAGUAUAAAAUCUAUGUGCAAUACUGUGAGGUUUUAUAAAUCCCUGAGGUGUGUUUACACUGGUGUUCCUUGAUUUUUAACUGUUUCAGGUUGUUUUGUAUAUAAUGUUCAAUAAGCAGAGAUGUAUUUGUGAUGUUUUAACUGAACUCGUCUUCCAUUAGUGUAAAAGGGAAACUCUGUUAAAGCCAAAACCUUCUUUAUGUCAGUUUCACAUAAGCGUUAAGAAUUAAAUGCAGUGUAAGCUACUUCUCUGGAUUUUCUUAUUUUGAUUUUUUAAAUUGCAUGUAUGUCUCAGACACAAGCAGUGAAAUUAAAUUCCAUCCAUGAUAAUAUCUUAUGGCAGACACAGGUGCUGCACAGGAGAUAAUGACCUUUUAGCGAAACAAUAACUUUUUUUAAUGGAAUCUUCCACUAGGAUGAGUCUUCCAUUAGACUGGAGGACCAUCUUGCCCUCUGUGCAGUGAAGAGCUUCACUGGCUCCUCUCACACAGUGGAUCUCUGCUCCUCAGCUCUGCUUCCAUUGAGAACAGCUGAUCAAGCCUGAUCUGGGACUGAGUUUAUAUUCUGGUGAAACCUUUCCAUGUUAAAAUGUGCAAGUCAGUUUUUUCCAUGUUUUUUUCUAUGUAUAUAAAAUACAAACACGCUGUUCUAUAUUUUCAUUUUUCUUAACCUGAUUUUUUAUUUGUAUGGAAGGAUUCAGAUAUAUUAAAAUGUCUUACCAGUU